AUUGUUUAAAAUUAAUUAAAUCAAUAAUUGAAAUUUAAUCUAAAAUAUUAUAAUUCAUUAAUAUGAUAUGGCAACUGAAUGAACUUCGAUUUUGAUUUUAAAAUGACUAAUAUGUUGAACUUCUUCAAUUAUGUGGUCAAAGUCUAUUACAGGUCGUAUCGCAUAGUACAUACUUAUCGUUAGUUAUAUUAAGUAAAUUAUUUCAAGUAUUUUGUAUAUGUAAGUAGGUAAGUAGUUACUUUUUUAACAACCUAACUAACUGUACAUAAAGAAAUGAAAAUAAAAGGAAAAAAAAAAAUGAUUAUAUAUGUGUAGAUAAGUAUGCCCAUUUGGACUAUUCUCUGCUGUUAUAAAAUAACUUUUUCUCAUUUUCUGUUCGUCAUGAUAAAAAGGGCUUUAUUAGGUAUGUUUUUUGUAAUAAUUUCUAAUUUUAAAUUUGUGGAACAGUAGGUAGUAAUUACUGACUAAUGCAAUAAGUAUACGUAGAAGCAUUUGCCUAUUUGAAAUAACUAUUAUACCUACCUAUUUAUAUAAGUAUACCUACUUUCUUUUUUCUUUAGUGGUUAAGUAUGUAGUACCUUCCAGACUAUAUUUGCAAUUUGUCUGGUUAUAAAUUUUUAAUAUUUAUAAUUGUAUUAAAUUUAGAUUUUUUAAUAUGGAAAUAAAAAUUGUAUAAACAACGCAAGAAUUCGAACAAAAGUAUAGAUUUAUUAUUAUUGUUAACAGGACGUUUUUAUUUAUUUGGCUGUCGAAGAUGAAUAUUAAGUAUGAAAUGUUAUUUCAGACGUAAUUUUAUUUUGUUUUGGUCAUGAAUUUUUUAUAUUAGGGGUUUGUGGUACCUAUCUAUUUGCCAAACUAAGUAGGUAUACUAAUGUUGAUAAAUCUUAAAUAUACCUACUUAUUUGAAAAAGGUUGUAUUAUGGUUUUAUUUUGUUUUCAAUGGUUUUAAAAUAAUUCACAAAAAAUAAUUUCUAAAUAGGUAGAGUAGUAAUAAAUCAGACAAAAAUUAAAUUAAAAAUAUUAAUGUUUGAAAUUCAUUUUAAGUUAAAUGGUUCAAUUACAAAAUUUCUCGUCUAUGUUAUAACAUAAAUUAUUUAUGUAGGUACUUAGCAAUUGAACCACAUCGUGAGGGUGAUUUUUGGUAUAAUUUGUUGCUAACAAAUUAAAUCAAAAAGACUUCUCGUAAGAUUACGUUAUUGAUCACUAUUAUUAAAGAAAUUUAAUAAUUAUUAGUGGCGAAUAACAAAAAGUGAAUGAAUGAUCUUAUUUUAUAUUGCAAUCGACAUUAACAUAACUAAACAAAUUAAAAAUGAUAAAUUAACAUAAAACAACUUUUUACAUUAAACUAAUUCAAGAUAAUUAGAUUAUAUUAAAUAUUUAAAGGAUAAUAAAGCAAAAGGCAGCAUUUAUUCACAUCAUUUUAAAUUAUUUUUUUGUUUUCAUAAGAAAACAAAAUCAUAACUUAAUCAUUGAAAAUUGCACAUACAAGUAUAUGUAAAACCAAAUGUCAAAAGAACGAGACAAUGUGGAUUUUGGAACUGGAUCAUCAAAUUUUAGAUAUCGGCAACAGAGUCCAACUGAUCAAAGGAAUCGCGAAACAAGUAGGGAAGAUUUCAUGAGGAGCUAUAAUUCAGAACAAAUUAUGACAACGGGUGGACUGACCUAUGGUGACGAAGAUAAUUUAUACAUGUCCUUUGCAUCUACAGAUGAUUUUGACGGAGCCCAUGCGGGUCAACCUUCUUUAGCUUAUGAUAAAAAAAUUCAUAAAAGUCGACGUGAUCGAACUAACUCUGAACAAGCUUUAGAUAGAUUAAAUACAAAAAUUCAAUGCACUAAGGAAUCGAUACGUAGAGAACAAACCGCACGGGAUGAUAAUGUUAAUGAAUACUUGAAAUUGGCUGCCAGCGCUGACAAACAGCAAUUACAUAGAAUUAAAGCUGUUUUUGAGAAAAAAAAUCAAAAAAGUGCGAACACAAUUUCCCAACUACAGAAGAAACUUGAAAAUUACACAAAAAGGGUUAAUGAAUAUAAAAACCAUCAACAUAAUAAAAGUCAACAUCGACAACCUAGAGAAGUUCUUAGAGAUGUAGGGCAGGGAUUAAAAAAUGUCGGUGGCAAUAUAAGAGAUGGUAUAACUGGAUUUUCAGGAUCUGUGAUGUCCAAACCUAGAGAAUUCGCACACUUGAUUAAAAAUAAAUUUGGUAGCGCAGAUAACAUAAAUCACUUAUCAGAACAGGAGAUAAAUAAUUUAAGAGUUGAUUCGCCUGAUGUUGUUGGUAGCUUAGCAUCCAAUAAUAUAACAGCUCCAACGCAACAUUUGUCAGGCCACGAAACAUCCACCGGGUCAGGUCCAACUGGUGGUAGUGUUGGUAAAUUUCACAGUGAUAAUAGUGAAUGCAGUAGUGUAACUAGUGAGAGUGUACCUGCAGGAUCUGGUAAAAGCGCAGCAGCUUUGAUGCAAUAUCACACAAUUUUAAAAACUUUAUUGACACAAAUUCAAGAACAAAAGGAUGAACUGGAAAAAUUAAAAGAGAAAGUUGAUCGGAUAGAAACGUCGCAGAAAGAAUAUCAAGAGUUAACGACUAAUUUGGAAAGUGAACGGUACCGUGCUGAAAGAUUAGAAGAACAAAUUAAUGAUCUAACUGAAUUACAUCAAACUGAGAUAGAAAAUCUGAAGCAAGCUGUAGUUGAUACGGAAGAAAAGGUACAAUAUCAAAGCGAUGAAAGAAUGCGUGACAUUAAUGAAGUAUUAGAAAAUUGUCAAACAAGAAUUUCUAAAUUAGAACAUACAUCACAACAGCAGUAUGUCACAGUUGAAGGCAUCUAUAGUUCUAAUGCCCGAGCUUUAGUUGUUAAAUUAAUAAAUGUAGUUUUAACAAUAUUACAAGUAGUUCUACUAUUAGUGGCAACCGCAGCAGGAAUUAUCAUGCCAUUUUUGAAAACGAGAUUACGUGUUUUAACCACCUUCAUUUCAAUAUUCUUUGUAAUGUUUGUGAUAAGACAAUGGCCUGAAUUGAGAGACAUAGGUACCCACAUAAUGCGUCAUUUGAAAGACUCUUUGGUUGUUAAAUAAAGUUUACACAAACAUAAAUAUAGUGUUCUAUUUGUAAUUGGUUAAAAAAAGAUUUAUUUCAGGACUUUAUAUUUUACUAGUUUAAAUGAUUUGUUCUAAAUUUUGAUUAUUUAUAUAUUAUGUAGUUUAAUUCCAAACAAUUGGAAUUAAGAUUUAAGACAGUGAUAACUAUUUUCACAAAAAAGAUAAAUAAACGAAG